AUGAAGAAACCGGCGAUGGAUACGAGAGUCACUCAACGCUCAUGCGGAGAUCGACCACAUUCUCACCAACCAAAGGUCGUACUUACUGGACGUUUCUCUGGUACCAUCCUUCAGCGCCCAGGCUUAGAUCACAGUCUCCUUCGAGCAAAAGUACGCCGAAAGCUGGAAAGGAAGAGAUGGGAAUCACACGGCUACGAAGAAAUUCUACACAAUCUCUUCCGCUCAUCAACACUCGUGACAAAUCCUGCUUUCUCUACCAAGGAGAUACCACCGCAGAUUCUACCUGCUGAACUACGCGCCGCAAUUCAGACCAUAAAUGUAGCCGCGGCUCCGGGAUCGGGCCACGUUUCAGCCUACCUCUUGAGCUGGAAGACAUCGCCUAUACGAGAUACUUUCGACACACCUAAUGUCUUACCUUCAAUAGUAAAGGAUUCCCGACCAGUGUAA